GCAAAAUCUCAAUCCGUACAAAUCCAAAAACAACGACGUUGGACAAGCUCGAAAUUCCUUUUUUUUUUCUGGCUGUUUGUACUCGCUCGUAUUUUGCUUUAGCCCAACAACCUCCCUCAACCCUCGAUUUACUACUACUCUUUUUCCAUUGCCCGCCCGCCUGCCCUACCUGCACGCCCGCUACCGUCGACCUGUGUCAUUGCAGCAGAAUCGGGACAGGCCUGCUGCGCCCAUCAAUUGGCCCAGAUUGUGACCGGCGCGGCGACGUAGCCCGAUCGACAUUCUGCGUCUCGCGACAAAUAACCAACCCAUUACAACCUCAUUCCUCAUUCCAAGGUUAUCGAAGCUGAGCUGCCGCUGCCUACUCGUGUACGCCUGAGCAACCCCAAGGUCGAGCUCCUCUUUCGUCUACCUCAAUUUUAUCUACCUCGUCGAUCUAGCACAUUACCCCACAAAACCGGAGCAGCAAACACCAGAUAGAACUGUCGGCCCUGGAGCAUGGCAACGCGUUACACUGAGGAGGUGCUUUUGCAUCUUCGUCUGUCGCCAUUGUGCGUCAGACCAUCGAAUCUUCCACCUCCAGAAGAAUGGAUGGGCCCACCUCCAGAUAAUAUUCGCAAUUCGACCAGGACUACUACAGACAACAGAUCCAAAGCUCAAGAUGCGCCGCUGGUAGAUUACACUAACAGGAGACCGGAAGCCAACCGGCACGCUUCUCGCAACAGUGCCAACCCUGACGAUAUCAUCCUCGGACCGCCUAGGACGAGCUUUGCGUCGGCAUCUGCCCGCAAUAACUUCAAAUUGGGUGACAAUGACAAGCCGGCGCGAGAUCAGGAGUCUCGAGGAGAUCGGUUCAAUUUCCGUCAUCGGAAUGGUGAGCCCGACCAAUCCCACGAUCGCAGUUCCGAUCGCUUCCGAGACGGCAGAGGCAACCUGCGUAGGCGCGAUGAUGGCGACCAAGACAGUGAUGGCUGGAGCACGGUGAAGCCUCGGAAGAGCUUUGGUCACGAAGGCGCUGAGCGCUUCCAACACGGACGAGGCGGCGCGUUCAGAACGGAUCAAUCCCGGGACGAGCGUAAGCUGCGGGAUAAGGACGAGUUUGAUUCGACUAGAGACCGCCAACGCCGGCCUUUUGACAAUCACGGACGGGACAGGGACGGCGAGGACGCUGACCCACGCUGGAAUUUGACGCGAGGAAGGUCGGAACCUUGGUUCAGGGACAAUAACCACGAUGACCGUGAUCGGGGAGACAAAGCGGACCGGCAGGACCGCGAGAGGCCAUCCCAACGGGAACGUAUCGACCGCGCCAAGAGCUGGCGGGAUCGUGACCAACAUGAUCAGCGUGACCGGGUCGACCGUCACAGUGACCGCCGGUUUGAUCAUCGUAAUGAGCGUGAUCCUGAGUGGCUUGAUGAGCCAGCCGGUGAAAAGGCCGGAGGUCAUACGGAGGAAGAUUUCAAAAAGUUUAUGGAGAGCAUGAAGGCUGGUCAGAGCGGCCCCAAGAAGCCAGAGAACACGCAACCUUCGCAGGCUGAUAACGCUACGGGUAACAACGCCAGCUUGCCCAAAUCUGAGCCGGCAGCCAAGUCAGCAAGCAGCGAGGACAAAUUCUUCUCCAAGUUCAUUUCUCCUGUAGAAGCUGGAUCCGAGAAGCAAGAUGAGUCUUCUUCCAAAAGGGACAGUCUUCCAGCGGGUCAGGCGGCCAAGUCUUCAAGGUUCACUUCGUUUUUCGCGGCACCUCAUGCCCAUGCCGAGCCACCGGCGCCACCUCAGCCUGAAGCUGGUUCGGCCGCCGCAAUGCCUCCCGGUCAUUUGCCCCCAGGUGCCAAUGGCGGCGCCCUUGCGGCCUUCUUCGGAGGCGCUUUCGAGGCCGGAUCGAAUUCACAUGCGCCGCAACAGGACCAAUCAGAGAAGCAGGCUUUUGCAGCUUUGUUGCAGAAGCUCCAACUUCAAACCAUUUCCAGCCCGAGUCCCACUGCGUCACCACACGCGCCUCCUCCCGCUCCGGGUCUGGAACAACCCCCAAUGGGGCAGCAGCACCACCAGCCAUCGGCGGCACACAAACCGCAACAGCAACAACAAAAUCCGAUGCUUCCUAACCAAAUGCCGCUUCCCCAGCAGCAUCAGCAACAGCAUCAACAGCCCGCCCAGCAAGGACCGGGCCAGCCUCCACGCCCGCAACAGCAGCAGCAACAAUCCCCUCUUUACCAACAGCAGCAGCAACAACAUCAUCAUCUUCAACUCCAACACGCUAUGCAAGAUGCCCGCCAGAAGAACACGGUCCUCUCGCCGGAGCAUUUUCAGCAGUACGGAGGGGAGCGACGUGGCCCACAGCCUCCGCACUUCCAGGAGAUGGUCGGUGGCCGUGGUAUGCCACCCUCUCAGCCAGCCACCACACGCCCUGAACAGAUGCUCCAGGAUCUGGUGGAACAGCGUCAUCAAGCCCCCAGCCAGGGGAGCGGCCAUGGAGAUAACAUGGCACCACAGGUUAAUCCACAACACGAAUUUCUGAUGCAGCUUAUGCAGCGUCAUCGCAACGAGCCGGAACCACGGAGAACAGAAGAGCUCCUUAUGAAGAUGCCCCAGCCUCAGAAGCAGGCUGUGAAUCUACCAAUGAUGGCAGAGAGAGAAUUAGAGUUCCAGCGAGAGCGCCAGGCGAGUGGUUCGCAAAGGCCUAUGAGGCCCCAAGGCCCACCUGGUUUGUUCGAGGAUCAGUUCCAUCGUCCCGAAGUUGAUGGGCGACCACCUCAGCCUCAGGGACAGGGCCGGCCAGCUCAAGGACAACCUCAACCGACUCAGAUUCUUCAGCGGCCGCCGCCUGGUCUUGAUCAUCAAAUGCAUCCUGGUUUCAUGCCUGGGGGUGCUCAAGGUCCUCCGUUCGGACAGCAGAGAGGCCCAAUGAUUCCGCCUCCCGGCCUUCCGGGCGGCCUACCGGGUCUUGGUGUUCCCGGCGUUCCCGGUGUUCCAGUAGGCGGACCUAUCGGGCCAGCAAGCCCCAACCGUCACAUUCCGGGCAUGUUCCCGCCAAACUUCCCACCCGGGGCCUUCCCACCUCCGGAGGCCAUGGUGGGGCCACAUCGGAUGCAACCCCCGCCAGGCUUGUUCGGGGGUCCUCCACCACCGGGUCACCCAGGCUUUCCACCUCCCGGACCCCCAGGGCUUGCUGCGUUUCAGGGUGGACCUGAUGGAAUGCCUUUAGGGGCACAUUUUGAUGGCCGUGGCAUGCCACCUCCCGGCGCUGGUGGGCAGUUUCGUCGCUAAUAAUUGUCUCAAAGACUGAGUAGUCGCAGCUUAAAACAAGGGUGCCUGAUGUAGUGGAUUUGGGCAAAUGUUUUGUUGGACUGGAGAUGAAUAUAUCUUGUUAGCCUCACCAUGUAUGAUGGAGUCCGUUGGACAAUUUUAGCAGCCAACGCAUAAUUUUUCGAGGGUGGGGAUGCCUUUGCUUGAUGAGGCAGCAACAGAAUGUGUUGCGUUUCAUUGUUUUAGCUACGAGCCAAAUCAAUGUCAUGGGCCUUUCCAGCAACAAAAAGUACCUAAUCAAGUUCGGGAAUGGAAUUCAAGUGUGAGCAGUUGAUACUCGAUAUUCGACAGGCAUGCUCUUUGGUUUCCGUCGCAUGAAUCUAAUGCAAUCUGAACUAUGCUCAAAGCAUUUGAUAUUGAAUCAGACGCCGAGAAUGUUUUUGUGAUCUUUUUA